AAAGACCUUGACAGUUUUUGACAGCUUUCAACAUCAAAUUAUUCUGUAAUCCGUGUGUAUUUUUCGUUGCAUGUUAUACAUUUCAUGCAAUAAAAUGAACGCUAAAGUGCUUGCUGUAGUUUUUUAUUUUUUAUUAAAUUUAAAAUCGUGUGUAGGAGUAAAGUAUACCAACCAUAGCUUGAUUACUAUACAUACAGAGACUAGAAGUCAGCUGAAAUACCUUCAUAUUUUAGAAAAUCAAAAAUACAUGGAUAUAAUUUUUUGUCAGAAACCGUACAAGGUAACAAUAUUAUUUCUACUAUCUCAUUUCAGGGCAUUUGACAAUCAGGACGUAUCAAGCUACAAACUCUUACAGCCGGAUACAUUUUCUUUUGAUCACUACCAUCAACUAGAAGACAUUAACCAGUGGAUGAUAGAUUUGAGCCAAAACAAAUCUGUACCCAUACGCCACUCGUCAAUAGGAAAAUCAGCAGAAGGCAGGGAUAUUUACAUGGUCAAUAUUAACUUAGAUUCAAGAUUCAAGCCAAAGAAAAUAUCCUUUACACUUUACUCUUUCAAGGUUGUAGUAGAGGGAGGCAUUCAUGGGCAGGAAUGGCCUGCAGUGGUGUUUGUGACUUACUUAAUCAAAGAAUUGGCUCAAGCUGAGACGUCGGAAGACUAUGAAUGGAAGAAAUUGGCGAACACCUAUGAUUGGUAUUUGAUACCAGUACUCAAUCCUGAUGGAUAUGAUUAUACGCAUAAACAGGAUCGCCUAUGGAGAAAGAAUAGGAACCAAAACGCUUCAGUCGAUUUGAAUCGGAAUUUUGACGAAAGUUUUGGAAAAUACGGAUCCAGCCUAGAGCCAAGCAGCGACAGUUACUGCGGGCCAUACCCUUUUUCGGAACCAGAGACUCAGGCACUAUCAUUUUUCAUCUUGCCUAUUCGCAGAGAAGUGAAAUAUUACUUCUCUAUUCACGCCUAUGGACAGAGGAUUAUUAUUCCGUAUGAGGACAGAAUACAGCACUUGGAAAAUUUUGGAGAAAUGGAGAAUUACAGCCGACAAGCGAUACGGAAAAUGUAUUUGCGAACCCACGUUAAAUAUAGCACUGGAACUGUGUAUGAUACUAUGGGUAUAAGAAUGUCAGGAACUAGCGCAAGUUGGAUGAAGAAACAAAUGAAAGUUAAAUACGCCUACACAGUUCAAGUGCGUGACAACGGGACGUAUGGCUACGCGUUGCCGAACGACCAGCUCCGUCCUAUGUGUGAGGAGACCAAGUUGAUGAUACAGGAGCUCAUGACGGCCAAACCGAGAUACGUCAGAGCACUUUUCGGGGAUGAUGCGAAUAUUAAUGGAAUGUUUCUCCCGCUUAUGUUGUUUUGUGUUAUUGUAAUUGUAACAUUGAAAUAA